AUAAUUCCAAUAGCUUGACGAUUUCUGUGUUACUCAUUUGUACUAAUUGUUACAAUUGACAAAUUGAGGGUAUACUAAAAAAAAUUUUGCUGUUAUAUGACAAAUUGCUGACAGCCAAGUGCACAACAAAAGACUUAAGCGACGAACCUGCCGCAGUGGAAAACAACGCGUUGAAGCAUUGCAGUUAUUAUUUUUAUUUUCCUUUACUUUUGCUAUUCCUACUAGUUUGCACAUUUCAUUGAAAACUAAAACAAAAAAAAGAAAGAAUUCAAACAAAAGUAUACGCUGUUCGUAUGAGUACAAAAUCAUAAUUUUUUAUUGCUGCUUUAAGUGGAUAAUAUUAACUACUCCAGCUGCUGCCAACUUCUGCAUUCACAGAACCUAGCAGGCAUUUGUGUGUUGCUGCUAUAUACCAGCUGUCAUAUUACGCGCUAACAAAAUGAUUUUAAGACUAUUUCUAUUCACUGCGGCCAUACUAGCGCCAUAUUUCACAACACAUGCACAAUUUCACCACUUUGGUGAACAUCUCAACACACAUUUGGGCAGCGAAUGCGCUCUUGUACUCUCAGGACCUGGACGCUCAUCUGUCUACGAUUAUAAUGUUAAUCUCUUUCGUGGCACAAUAAACCCCUACACAGCAGACAACACCUGCAUCACCUAUGAUGCAGUGAAUUCCGCCUAUUUGGAUGCGCGAAAACGAAUACAUGUGGCGCAGCCGAAAGGCGAUUGGAAGGCGGAAGAAUUGGCUACGGUCGGUGAAUUGCUGCUGGAUAUUUCGAUACAGUUAGCGAGAACUUAUGGCCUGUCGUAUGAGGAAAUCGAAAAAGGCCUACCCACCAUUGACACAUCGAAAACACUCAUCCGCGAUGUGUGUCCACCCUUCUUUGCGGGCGUUGAGUGUCGACCCGGCAAGUAUCGACGCUUCGAUGGACUUUGUAAUAACAUUGAGCAUCCCACAUGGGGCGCAGCUAUGUCGCCGUUCCAGCGACUAAUCGGCCCACUCUAUGCUGAUGGCAUCAAUGCGCCGCGCAUUUCAGUCACUGGGCAUGAUUUGCCCAUUUCGCGUGUUGUCUCGCGUACAAUGCAUCCCGAUGAUGGAUACCACGAUCACGCUGGCACUGUUAUGGUUAUAGCAUGGGGCCAAUUUAUGGAUCACGAUUUCACGCUUACUGGCACUCCGUUAGAUCCCAUCAAUCGCAACGAUCCGGAAGAAUGUUGCAAGCGACCUCUACAUCUAAAACAUCCAUAUUGCAAUGAAAUUCGUGUUCCAGACGAUGAUUACUUCUAUCGAUUGUUUAAUGUCAAGUGCAUAGAUUUCGUGCGUGGUUUUCCAUCUCCUCGACCCGGUUGCCGAUUGGGCUCCCGCCAGCAAUUCAACACUCUCACUGGUGUCAUUGACGCCAACACUGUGUACGGCAUUAAUGAGAAAUUUGAUCGUAAACUCCGCACCGGCUAUGGUGGCCUACUACGCAUGAAUCCCGUUUUCCAGGAGUAUGGACUCAAGGACUUGUUGCCAUUGAAACUCGACAUACCCGACGAGGGUUGCACGCGUCCCAACAAGAGUAUGUUCUGUUUUGAAGCUGGUGAGAUUCGUGUGAACGAGCAGUUAGUGCUGACGUGCAUGCACACGCUUAUGGCGCGUGAACACAAUCGCAUUGCCACUGGCUUGGCGCAGAUCAAUAAACAUUGGGACGACGAAACGUUGUUUCAAGAGGCGCGUCGCAUCACCAUUGCCAUUGUACAACACGUAACGUACAAUGAAUUCUUGCCGAUAUUGCUGGGCAAGGAGGUAAUGGAGAAAUUUGGUUUGGUGCUGCAGAAAGAUGGUUACUGGGAUGGUUAUGAUCCCAAAGUGAAUCCUGGUAUUAUUGAUGCUUUCGCUGGUGCUGCCUUCCGCUUCGGACACUCACUGCUACCCACUGCUGUGGAGCGUUGGUCGAAGGCGCAUAAAUUUAUUGCCUCAAAACGUUUAUCUGAUUUGAUUCGCCGACCGUACGAUUUGUAUCGUGCUGGUGUGCUGGACGAAUAUUUUAUGGGGUUGAUGAAUCAAGUAGCGCAGGCUAUGGAUGACUCGAUUACGCAAGAAGUGACGAAUCAUCUAUUCAAGAAGGAGGGUGCACGUUUUGGCUUGGAUUUGGUAGCAUUCAAUAUGCAACGUGGACGUGAAUUCGGCUUACCCGGCUACAUGGAGUUUAGGAAGUUCUGUGGUCUGCCCACGUCGACCGCGUGGGAGGAAAUGUUCGGCUCAAUGCCAAACGAUACAAUUCUGCGCUAUGAGAGUAUUUUCGAACAUCCAGCUGACAUUGAUCUGUGGUCAGGCGGUGUUUCAGAAAAGCCCUUGCCGGGUUCUAUGUUGGGACCAGCCUUUGCCUGCAUUAUUGCAACACAAAUGAGCUACUCACGACGUGGCGACCGCUUUUGGUACGAGCUCCCCAACCAGCCAUCUUCGUUCACGCCCGAACAACUGCAGGAGCUACGCAAGGCGAAAUUAUCUCGUCUGAUAUGUGACAACACUGACCUUAUCGAUACCAUUCAAAUUUAUCCGAUGGUGUUGCCCGAUCAUGAAAUCAAUCCCCGAGUGCCAUGCAAGAGCGGUAUAAUUCCAUCCAUAGACCUGACGAAGUGGGCCGAUUACUCUAGUGCCGAUGUGGGUCAUCCGGUUUAUAACUUUAUCAACGAAAUACCCGACACAUUGCUAAACUUCAAGAAGAAAUAGACAACGAAACUUGGAAGUACGGAGAGUAGCGCAAAAUUUACGAAGCUGAAAGGAGGAAGGAAGGGCGAGAUACAUACAUUUUUCGAACUUAUUGUUUUCAUUCUAGAAACUUAACAUUAAGUAUUGAAGCUUUGGGCAUUUUAGUUACUAAAAAAAAUUCUCAAACAAAAUCAUUCAAAGAUGCAGCGAGUAAGAUGUACUAUAUUCUGUUUUUUUUUUUUUUAUUUUACUUGACAACACCAUACAUACAUAACUCUCUAAGUCACUGCCUUCCGUUAGAAUUAAGUGCCAGAAUAUUUUCGCAUUUGCGCUGUCCAAUUCUUUUUCUUACUUCGAAAUCAUUUAUGUGCAUUUCAUUAAAAUAUGAUAUUUUAAAUUAUUUCCAAUCAUGUGGCCAUGUUAAGGCUACUGGCAUACAAAUAUUUCUGCCGCUUUCAAUUAUCAUAUCAUUAGACAUCAAGUUGAAGUCUUUCGAAAAUUCACCUUCACUGUUGGUUUCGAGCGCAUAAUAUAAUUUUUUCCUUCUUCACCCCAUAUACACGUAUUACAUACAGAGGAUGUCAUAAGUACUCAUAUAAAUACCAUAUACAUACAAGUAUUCAUCGCUGGCCUAGGCUUUGAUGCAAUUUUCUUAGCAUUUCUUGCAUCAGUGCCCAACUGCAUUUCCAAUUUUCUUAGUAUAUAAUUUUUUGUUCAACUGUGUGAAAUUUUUAAGUUUUUUGAUAACUACUU